CAUUCCUCUAUCCCAGAAAGAUAACCUUUGAUGGGCUAAUCCGUUUACACGUUUUCUUCAUAUGAGUCUAUUUAAAUUGCUUCUCAUUUCAUAUUAUUAUUAGCUUCUUCCAACUUAUAUCCAUACAAGCAAUGUCUUCCUUCGUUGGAAAAUAUGCUGAUGAACUGAUCAAGAACGCCAAGUACAUAGCAACCCCGGGCAAGGGCAUACUCGCCGCCGACGAGAGCACUGGCACGAUCGGGAAGCGUCUAUCCAGCAUCAACGUCGAGAACAUCGAGUCCAACCGGCAAGCCCUCCGCGAGCUCCUCUUCACGGCCCCCUCCGCCCUCACCUACCUCUCGGGCGUCAUCCUCUUCGAGGAGACCCUCUACCAGAAUACCUCGGACGGCAAGCCCUUUGUCGAGCUCCUCCAGGACAACAACGUUGUCCCGGGGAUCAAGGUCGACAAGGGCACUGUCGACCUCGCCGGCACCAACGGCGAGACCACCACCCAGGGCCUCGACUCCCUCGCCGCCCGGUGCCAGCAGUACUACAAGGCCGGGGCCCGCUUCGCCAAGUGGCGCGCGGUCCUCAAGAUCGGGCCCACCGAGCCCUCCGAGCUCAGCAUCCAGCAGAACGCGCAGGGACUCGCCCGCUACGCCAUCAUAUGCCAGGAGAACGGCCUUGUCCCCAUCGUGGAGCCCGAGAUCCUCACCGACGGCUCCCACGACAUCGACAAAUGCGCCGCAGCCACGGAGACCGUGCUUGCCGCGGUCUACAAGGCGCUGAAUGAUCACCACGUGCUCCUCGAGGGGACGCUCCUCAAGCCCAACAUGGUCACUCCUGGCUCCGACAGCCCCAAGGUGAGUGCGGAGGUGAUAGCCGAGUACACGGUGAGGGCGCUGCGGAGGACGGUGCCACCAGCAGUGCCGGGGAUCGUGUUCCUGUCGGGAGGGCAGAGCGAGGAGGAGGCUACGGUGAACCUGAGCGCGAUGAACAAGCUGGAGGUGCUGAAGCCGUGGACGCUGUCCUUCUCGUUCGGGCGGGCGCUGCAGCAGAGCACGCUCAAGACGUGGGCCGGGAAGAAGGAGAACGUGGAGAAGGCGCAGGCCGCGUUCGUGGCCAGGUGCAAGGCCAACUCCGAGGCCACGCUCGGGAAGUACGUUGGCGGGGCCGGCGGCGACUUGGCGGCGCAGAGCUUGUACGAGCAAGGAUACAAGUAUUGAGAGCUCCGUUUACAUAUUUAUAUCUCUUCUUCUCUUUGCAUAUAUAUACACUCUUCAUAAUUCUAAUAUAACAUGUCCUUUUUCAAUUUCGUUACUAUGAAAAUAAAAAAAGAUGUUCCAAUUGUGUUCCUCAAUAAAUAAAUGGACAUGGACUUUUGAGUGUGGUUUAUCUUUCACAAA